UAAAGGAAUUAGUGGAAAAGUUCUGAAGAUAUUUGAUAAAAUGCAGCUGCUCCCGAUAAAAGGGUCGAGUUCCUAAUCGAUUGUGCGUACAGUGUUUGCGUCGGUGUGCUGAUAGUGAAGGUGGUACAGCCCGUGAGGUCACCAACGUGUUAUUUGUAUGUCAUCAAAUUUGGUUGUGUUUAUUUCACACAAUAAAACUCAAGCCAAUUAAAGCGGGUGACUGUGUUGUGACUGGCAUGGGGGGACAUUUAAGUUGUUUGGAGAUAGGUCACGGGACACGCAAUUGUUAAACACAAAGCGCGAUUCGCCAGCGCGAUCACCGUGCAUCCACACUCCAAAACGCAGAAUCCGUAAAAAUAUCGAUCGCAGCUGCAGUUUUGUGUUAUUUAGAGUAAAGUUUCGAAAAAAGUUAAGUGUUUAGUGGCCAUAGCGAAGCAUAAUGGAGACUGAAAGAUGGCGCAAAUUCAACGCCAAACUGUGUGAUGCCCGCUGUUCAUAGUUUUACUUAUGCACAAAAAAUGAUUCACGUUGAAUGGAUCGGAAAUGUUGUGUAUCUCGCCACUUUCUCGCUACUUUCGACUCAGCUGUGCGUAGAGAGAAGAAAUUAAGCCAAAUCGCGGAUCGCGCGAAGAGAAGCCAUCAACUAGCUGCUGCACCACAAGACACGCGUUUAUCGUGUCUGCCCGUGGUCGUUGGACAAGAUUGUUAUCCUAUGUUUUGUGCCUUUGGAUGUUGUUACAUCUCCUAAUAGUGCGUAGUGAUAGGUGAAUUGUUGGGAAACGUCCGCAAAAUGGCCCUCUCGUCGGAUCCCCAUGAACAGAAGUUGUAUCAUAUGUUCCAGUCGUACGCCUCGGGCGAUAGUAAUGCCCUGGGACUCGAUCGGGAAGCCCUACUUAAACUGUGCUUCUCACUGGAGCUGAAAGAGCGGGGACAACUUUUGGUCAAAUGUUUGUUCUCCGGCUCGAAAACACACGUCAGCUUCGGCGAAUUUCGGCAAGGACUGCUGCAUAUUCUGGAAGGAGAUCUCAAAGAUUCGCUCACAUCAUCGGACAUCCGUAAUGGAUCAUUUUCGUCUGAUUCGUCCGACCGGACCUCAGCCUACAGCAGAUAUGCGGAAGACUCCGAUCGGGAACAGCAACAACAGCAGCAUGCAGUAGAAACAUGCUCAUCGGGGGCAGAGUUUGAGAUCGUUCGUGAUGGAAACAGUAGCAGCAGCAACCACAGCUGCAGCAUUUCUUCAGAAUCCUGCUCCCCUUUGUUACAUCAAUCGACUGGAGGAGGUAGUAGCAGAGAAUCGAACAAUUCGCGCGGUCGCCAACGACAACCCACCAGCGGUGAUGUUGCGUCAAACGUUGGCGAUGGCGUCACUGGCGAGCAGAAGGAAGCGACGAAGGAAUCGCAGCAGUCGAUGGGUGCAGCAAAGCAACCGAACGAAAAGCGAAUGGGCUUUAGCGCUGAAACUACUACCGUCACUAAUGAAUGCGGGAAUCGUAUAAAUGGUCGCAGUAAACAACGAACGACAGGCAAGAACACGAACGAUGAGGCGGAGGACUGUUCGGAUAGGGAAGUGCUGCCGAAGUUUGUGGUCGGUACGAAAAAGUACGGCCGUCGGUCAAGGCCACGGCUAGAAGAUGUGACCGGUGGUUGUGAAUCAUCUUCACAGUCGUCGAACUCGGACAACGAAUCCGUCAAUACGACGGCACAGCAAGAAGGUGCCUUGGUGAUUCCCGGACACCCCAACAUGCUGCUAACCACCGGGUGCAGCGUUAUAACCGGAACGGGUACGGGCACGAUUGUUGCUGCAUCGUCCCGAGUACAACGCUCCGUCUCGCAGAGCGACAUACACGGUUCGAAGCGAAGGCGGCCCAUGACGUACGGAAGUGGUAACAGGUUAAAGCGUUGCGCCUCGCUACCCACGCAUCGCCAACGGCCUUCAAAUUUAACCGACGGUAGCGCGUUGAACAGCUCGGUACUGCGGGAGCAACUUCACAUGGAUGAUAAGCAAAUUGAUAAGAAAAUUUACUUUAUGAAUUUGUCGGAAAAUUUGCGAGCCAUUUGGUACUCGCUGCUGAAGGAUGCGGGCGAACGGAGUCCAGCCGGGUCGGACAGGUUGAAUCAAGCACAGCUCGAGAUGGUUUGUGAAAGUGCUGGGCUGCUGUCGGAUGCUGCCCGGGUCGCUGCACAGGAGGUCUUUUCCAAACUGUCCCGCCACGCCCUAGAGGGUAUCUCGUUUGAAGAAUUCAUCGGGCUGUUGGAGAGUAACACGGACUUACUGCAGAUCACCAACAACGAGUCCGAUCAUCCAACGACUCCACAGCAGCCGCUGCAAUCCGAUUGUAGCGUUCUAUCCGAUCUUUCCACUACCCGGGAGGAUAGUAAGGAUUUUACACUUGCCAUAAUGCCAGAUUGGACGUCUGAAAUCGGUUCGCUCGCUACACGCAUCAUCGUCGACAUGUGGGAGUCGGCAGGUAUUGCAGCACCCACGGGGCUCCUGCACGAU